AUGCCGUGUGCAUGCCCCAGUGAACUCUAUUCGAGCAUCAUGCAUCAUGCAUCGUGCAUCGUGCUCAAAUUACCACCUUCUCAACGUUCCAACGCGUAUCCGGGACCCAUCCUGCCUCUCUGGGUGUCCCUCGUGAACGUUCAACGCUUCGCGAAUUCAAUGCCUUGCACAAGCGCUGAGAAACGAGCUGUCCAUUGCGGUGCCCGUUGA